CUCAUUUUCUGAAGGAAAAAAAAAAAGAAGAAAACUCAUUUUCUUGACGACUGUGAUAUCACAAGAGUAGAGAGCUUUAAUUUGUCUGCUUUGGAACUCAAUCCGCCAUGGAAAAAGUAGAGUUACCGGUUCACGAGCAUCCUUUGUUCGUCUUUGAUCGAGUUUGUAUGGAUACGUGUAAAGGAUGUGGUGUUUACGGUUACUUUUAUGCUGGCUACAUUUGCAAUGAGUUAGGUUGUAAUACUCUCUUCCACAAGGAGUGCGUCGAGUCUGUACCGGAGAUCAAACACCCUUCCCAUCGGAAACAUCCUCUCAAGCUCAACCUCAAAUGUGGACGGUUUUGUUGUAGUUUGUGUGCAGGUGUAUUGAAAGUUGGUUAUCAUUGUUCAAUAUGCAACUUCUACGUGCAUUUGGUUUGUGCAAGAAGAUCUCCAUCCUCAACUUCAUCCUCAUCUUCACUGCUACCUACUACUAUUGACAAUUCCAAAGUGCAUCAACAUCCACUUCUACUCUCCAAAAACGUAAAGACAUUCUUGCUAGAGGGAGAGCGCAAUUGCAAAGUGUGCAACACGAAUAUCAACAUCAAUGAAGAACAGCAACUAAUUUAUGAAUGCCGCUUGUGCAAUCUAUUCUUCCAUUGGGAAUGUGUCGGGCUCAUUCCAGACGUGUACCACACUUCUCAUCCCAAACAUCCCCUCAAGUUGUUCAAAUACGGAGCACCAGGGUAUGCUCAUGAGGAUUGCCUUCUUUGUGGGAAGAAGUUUGAAAAGAGAUCUUACAACUGUGAUCAAGUUUAUCACUGCGAUGUUUGUAAUGUCACCAUAUGCAAGGAGUAUUGUAUGGCGAACCCACCGCCAGUUUCCAUUGUGAGCCCAACGACACAUGAGCAUAACCUCCACCUCGUUCCAAGACUUGUCAAUUUUACUUGCAAUGCUUGUCUCCAAUGCAAUUUCAUGAUUCAUCGGGAUUGUAUUGAUUUACCCCGGUUGAUAAAUAUCAAUCGUCACAAUCAUCGCAUCUCUUACACUCGUCAUUUUGGACACGGGAAUUGGACAUGUGGAGUUUGUCGUAAAAAAGUAGAUGGGUUUUAUGGGGCUUAUUCUUGCUCAAAGUGUCCUAGAUAUGCUGUUCAUGCAAGAUGUGCAACGAAAAAUGAUGUGUGGGACAAAGUAGAACUAGAAGAAACACUAGAAGAAGAGGAACUCGCGCCAUUCGAAGUGGUAGAUGAGAAUCAUAUAAAGCAUUUCAGCCAUGGCCAUAAUUUAAGACUCAACAAUGAUGGUAAGACUACCCAAGAAAGCAAACUUUGUGACGCUUGUGUCUCCCAAAUCAAUGACGAUUCGUAUUAUGGUUGUGAGCGAUGCGACUUUAUUCUACAUGAAACAUGUGCUAGUCUUCCCAGACAGAUAAGGCAUGUCUCCAACAACAUACCGUUCACUCUACAGACAGCUGAUACAUAUAGAAAACGUUGUUCUGCUUGUUCCCAGCUUUUCACCGGUUUCAAGUAUGAACUUAGGUCUGGUUAUGCUACUCUAGAUGUACGUUGUGUUAGAUUGUGGGCUUCCAACUCAAAACCAAUUGGCAAUGAGUGGAGAGACCCAUAUCUUAUAUAUACUACUUAAGAUCCUACUCAACUUACAAUGUGGGAUAUUGUAUCCCUAAUACGCCCCCUCGAGAUGAUGGCUUCUUUAGGCAUCAAUCUCGGUAUGUUCAGGCAUGAAUCGGCGGGCCAACUAUUGGGCUGGGCCGAUUGUGGAUUAGGUUGAGUAUGUGCGGACCGGGCUCUGAUACCAUGUUAGAUUGUGGGCUUCCAACUCAAAACCAAUUGGCAAUGAGUGGAGAGACCCAUAUCUUAUAUAUACUACUUAAGAUCAUACUCAACUUCUAAUGUGGGAUAUUGUAUCCCUAAUACGUUGCAGUUCAAUAUUUGAACCAUUUCUUCAUGAAAGCCAUCCACAUCCUUUAUACUACAAAUUCUUCAGUUUUAUGGGGGAUACGAGAUGCUCUGCAUGUGUUGGAAAUACCGCCAUGAGUAUGUUAUGUUGUGAUGAGUGUGAGUUUUGAUUGGACUUCCGGUGUGCUACUUUGCCUAGAAAGGUAAUGAGUCAAAGGUACGAUGAUCAUCCUCUCUACUUGUCUUACGGUGAAAAUAAGGAAGAUAGUCAAUUUUGGUGUGAGGUAUGUGAAACAAAAGUAGAUCCAAAAGAAUGGUUCUAUACAUGUAAUCCGUGUGGGAUCAUUUUGCAUGUCUCAUGUGUUGUUGGAGACUUCUCAUUUCACAUACCAGGGCACAUUUCCUUGGACGAAACCUCAAAUGGAGAAGUGGUACCCAACACUUCUAUUU